AUGGGGGACUGCUGCUUGUCGGGGGAAGACAGAGAAAGCAUCAGGAUUCACCAAGAAAUUGAGAGACAGCUUAAGAUGGACAAGCGGGAUUCAUCCCGACAACUGAAACUUUUGCUUUUAGGCACAGGGGAGAGCGGGAAGAGUACUUUCAUCAAGCAGAUGAGAAUCAUUCAUGGCAGGGGCUACACAGAGGAGGACAGGAGGGCCUAUGCCAAGCUGGUGUUCCAGAAUAUCUUUGCUUCCAUUCACAACCUGCUUCAAGCCAUGGAGCACCUAAACAUUCCUUUUGUUGAUGGAAAAAACAAAACACAUGCUGCAAUGCUUAACAGUGUGAUCCCCGAAACAGUACAGUCACUGGAGCCUAAACAUGCUGAAGCCAUCAAGAGUGUGUGGAAAGACCAAGGUCUGCAGAAAUGCUUUGAACGCAGGAGAGAGUUCCAGUUAUCAGACUCGACCAAAUAUUACCUCGAUGACAUUGACAGAAUAUCUGCAUCCUUUUACUUGCCGACUGUUCAGGAUAUUCUGAGAGUCCGAAUUCCAACCACAGGCAUCAUUGAGUACAUCUUUGACCUCCAGACAGUCAUAUUCAGAAUGGUUGAUGUUGGAGGCCAAAAGUCAGAAAGACGGAAGUGGAUCCAUUGUUUUGAAAACGUUACUUCCAUCAUCUUUCUGGUGGCUCUGAGCGAGUACGACCAGGCCCUAUAUGAGUGUGCAAAUGUGAACCGCAUGGAGGAGAGUAAGGCACUUUUUAAGACAAUCAUCUCCUACCCCUGGUUCCAGGAGUCCUCUGUCAUCCUCUUCCUCAAUAAAACAGAUAUCCUGAAGGAGAAGAUAUCAAAGUCACAUCUUGUAGACUAUUUUCCACAAUACAAAGGCCCUAAAAAUGCCGCAGAUGCCGCAAUGAAGUUCAUCUUGAGUAUGUAUGAGGAGCAGAACUCAGACACACAUAAAAGCAUCUACACACAUUCCACCUGUGCAACCGACACUGAAAAUAUCCGCUUUGUUUUUGACGCAGUGAAGGACACCAUUCUGCGGAACAACCUAUCCGACUUUAACUUGGGUUAAAUGACUUUUCCAUA